AUGUCGAUAGAGCUCAAACUUUCACGAAUUAAUCGCGUCUAUCGCCCUUCUGAAGUUGUUGAGGGUAAAAUCAUAGUGAGGUCUUCUUCUUCAAUCUCCCACUAUGGAAUUCGCCUCGCUGUUAACGGAUCUGUCAACUUGCAGGUUCGUGGAGGAUCGGCGGGAGUUAUCGAGACUUUGGUUGGUGUUGCCAAGCCUAUUUCCAUUGUGAAUAAAAUUAUUGAGGUUAGACCUUCCGGAAAGAUUGCUUCAGGCACAUCAGAGAUUCCAUUUUCCAUGAAUAUCAAGCAGCCAGGAGAAAAGAACCUGGAAAGGUUCUAUGAGACCUUCCAUGGAGCAAAUAUUAACAUUCAGUAUUUAUUAACUGUAGAUAUAUCGAGAGGAUACCUGCAUAAAUCAUUAUCUACAACAAUGGAGUUCAUAGUUGAAAGUGAUAAAGCUGAUCUUCUUGAGCGACCAGUUUCUCCGGAGAUGGUUAUCUUUUACCUUACUCAGGAUACUCAAAGGCAUCCGCUACUUCCUGAACUAAAGUCAGGUGGAUUCCGGGUUAUUGGGAAAAUGUCCACUCAAUGUUGUUUAUCAGAUCCCAUUGUUGGUGAACUAACAGUAGAAGCGUCUGCAGUUCCGAUUUGUUCAAUUGACAUGCACUUGCUUCGUGUAGAGUCAAUCCUUCUUGGGGAGAAAAUAGUAACUGAACAGUCUCUGAUUCAGACUACACAGAUAGCAGAUGGAGAUGUCUGCCGUAAUAUGACUCUACCCAUUUAUGUUAUACUUCCCCGUCUUUUGACUUGUCCUACCGUCUUAGCUGGUCCAUUUUCCAUAGAAUUUAAAGUUGCCAUAGUCAUAACCUUUCAAUCAGAUGUAGCGAAAGUGCAUUCAAAAUCUGAUCCUACAACUCCCAGACUAUGGCUUGCAAUGGAAAGUUUACCGCUUGAACUUGUUCGAACAAGGUGA